UGUGGUGUUGCGUGGUUUGUUAUCGGGGCUUCACUUCUGUAUUUGCGCACUUUUGGGGUCGCGGCACUGAGUCUUUUGGACCUUCAUGUCCCAGAGAGCAGCGGAGAACAUGGCCUCACCGUGCAGCAGCGAGCAGCUGCUGGAGCGCUCGGUUCGAGACCGGGUCCCGCCUCUGCUGACGGACCUGUACCAGUUCACCAUGGCGUACGCGUACUGGCGCGCGGACCGGCACCGGGAGCGCGCCGUGUUCGAGCUCUUCUUCCGUGACGAACCGUUCGGCGGCUUCUCGCUCUUCACGGGGCUCAGCGACUGCCUGCUCUUUCUGCGGAGCUUCCGCUUCUCGGAUCAGGAUGUGGACUUCUUACGCUCCGUCAUGCCCUCAACCACUGACCCCGCCUUCUUCCAGUACCUGAGAGGUCUGGACUGUUCUGACGUCACGCUCCGCUCUGUCCCAGAGGGCACUGUGGUCUUUGCCAGGGUGCCCCUGAUGGAGGUCUCCGGUCCACUGGCGGUGGUUCAGCUCCUGGAGACCAGUCUGCUGUGUCUAGUCAACUACGCCACUCUUGUUUGCAGUAACGCCGCUCGUUUCCGGUUGGCAGCGGGUCCGAGGAGGCGGCUGAUAGAGAUGGGCCUGAGGAGGGCUCAGGGACCCGACGGCGGCCUCACCGCCUCACGAUACGCCUACAUCGGAGGUUUUGAUGUCACCAGCAACGUUCAGGCGGGUUUUCUCUUCGGGAUCCCUGUUGCAGGGACCAUGGCGCAUUCAUACAUCACUUCCUUUUCCUCCCUGGAGGAGGUGUGGCCACAGACGCUGGUGGCAGCAAACAUGGACUCUGAUCCAGUCGACUUUGUCUCGCUGACGAGGACCUGGCUGACCCGAGUAUGUGAGCUUCUCACAGCGGAACCUGGAAAGAUCUGUGAGGGUGAAUUAGCUGCCUUCUUGUCCUACGCUGUUGCCUAUCCGAACAACUUCCUCCCGGUGAUUGACAGCUACAGCGUGAGCUGUAGCGGCGUGGUGAACUUCUGCUCCGUGGCGUUGGCGCUCUGCGAACUCGGCUAUAAGCCUCUUGGAGUUCGCCUGGACAGUGGCGACCUCUGCAGGCAAUCAGUGGAAGUACGGCAUGUCUUCAGGCUCUGUGCGGAACAUUUUUCUGUCUCUGUGUUUCGAUCUCUGAUGAUUGUUGCGACCAGCAACAUUUCCGAACGCUCGAUGACUGAACUCAGCAGCACGGAGAACGAAAUCGACGCGGUCGGUGUUGGAACACAUUUGGUCACGUGCACGGGACAACCAUCACUGGGUUGUGUGUACAAGUUGGUGGAGGUCAACGGGAAUCCUCGGAUGAAGAUCAGUGAGGACUCAAACAAGACUACUGUUCCCGGGAGCAAAGCCGUAUACCGACUGUCAGACGCCGAGGGUCUCCCUUAUCUGGACCUGGUGUGUCUGGCUGCAGAGCGCCCCCCAGAGGCAGGAUGCCUGCUCAUCUGUCACACGCUGGGGUCAGAGGACAGCUGUCUGUCUGUCACUCCGGCUCAGGUCACCUGUCUGCGGCAGGACGCUUUUACCAAAGGAGAGGUUACACAUCCGCUGUGCAGCGCCGCUGAAGCUAAAGCAAAGGUGGAGACGUCAGUCCAGAGUCUGCACCCUCGUCAUAAGAGGCUCCAGGACCCGGACUCUUACACCGUGGCGCUGUCAGAGAAACUCCAUGACCUGACGUACGAGAUCCAAAGAGGCAACGGCAACAGCAGCAACUCUGUCUUUGCAAACUAACAACAACAAAAAAGUAUUUUCAUCUUAUGAUUUCUUUGUUUAGCAUUCAGAAACGUUCAGGUAAAUUUAAAAAAAAAAGUGCAGUGUGUGGCUCCGUGUGCUA